AUGCGUCCUUUCUUUGGAAUUUGCGCCUGUGUGGCUGCCACACUGAUCUGCAUUACAUCCGCUGAGUGGCUUGAGCCUCGCAACAACACCUGGAACUCCAGCUUUGCCUUGGCAGAAGAUCAGAUCAAGUCCCUAGGUCUGUCCAAUGAAGCCGCACACAAUCUCGAAGUUGUCGUCCGCUUCGAGCAGACCAACUGGGCCACCGGCUCUGUUAUGAGCGACCCAUUCUACACGGAUCUGCCUGCCAAUGCUACCACUGCUCCUGCAGGCUCGCUUCUCAAGCUCGAAGCCUUCACUAACACGUCAACGUACACCAUCGCCCCCUCUCUUGCUCUAUCUCGGUUUAUCUAUCAGUCCAAGACUCUCAAUGGGACAAUUGUUCCAGUAUCAGCCUAUAUUCUCUGGCCAUACCAUACUCUGGGUGGUGCCAAGGCCGCGCCACUUGUGGGCUGGGGCCACGGUACGGCUGGUCUCGUGGCCGAAUGUGCUCCUUCUCACAUGCGAAACCUCCUAUAUCAGUUCUCUGGACCAUAUGCCUUGGCCUUGGCCGGAUAUGCUGUUGUCGCCACUGACUAUGCUGGCCUUGGUGUUCCGUUUUACCCAGACGGCAGCCCCAUCCUCCACCAGUACGUGGCCUCUCCAGCCGGUGGAAACGACAUUCUGUACGCCGUCCAGGCGGCCCGGGCUGCUUUCCCUGAUAGGCUCACCGAGGACUUCGUCGUCUACGGACACAGCCAGGGCGGCGGCACCGCCUGGGCCGCCGCGCAACAGCAGGUCGAGCUGCAGAUUCCGGGAUACCUCGGUACCAUCGCGGGCUCUCCCGUCACCAACACCACUAUGCUUGUGAAAACCACCGGGCAAUCUCUCGCCAUGAUGCAGGCGGCCAACACCAUGAAGAGUAUAUGGCCUGACAUGAAUAUGGCGGAGAUGCUUACGACGCGGGGGCAGGCCCUUCUCACCCUUGUUGAGGAAAUCCAAGGGUGCAGCACCGCGGUUCAGACGGCCCUCGCUGGAACUCUGGAGGCUGAUCCUACCGCAGCGCUAAUGCAGGAUGGGUUCAUAGAUUCAUACUGGUCAUCCAGCUUUGCCAAUCUCACUGCUGUGGGUGGUCAGGACUUUGUCGGCCCAAUGCUUGUGUUCCACGGAACCAAUGAUGAGCUGCUCCCUGAAGCCCUGACAGCUCUAAGCGUCAACCAGACCUGUGCUUCUUUCCCUGAACGUGAGCUUCGUUAUGUCGUUGCUCAGGGAGUUGGUCAUGUGGAUGCCAGUUAUGCUACUCAGCAAAUCUGGUUGAAGUGGUUGGAGGAGCGAUUCAACAGCAAAGGCAAGAGCGCAAGGUCUGGUACAUCUUCAUGUACGGUUGAGACUAUAGGAGAUGAUACAGUCAGACCUCUCGACCAAUACCAGACUGAGCUGAACUGGCAUCUCUCCUACUCACCCGACGGUAUCCUAUAG